AUGUCCGAUCUCAAUGCCUCCAGUUCUUCUCUCUUGCGCUCGCUCACUCCCCGAUCGCCCCCUCUUUCCUUUCUUCUCCUUCUCCUCCUCCUCCUCCUCUCCCUCUCGUCCCCUCUCCUGCAGAGUCCCGAGCAAGCGAGCAGCCCGCCAGCCAAGCCAGCCAGCCAGCCAACAGAACCACCUCCCCUGCCUCCUCUGCUCUCUGCGCUCGACCCCGUCCCUCCCUCCCCCCUCCGGUUACCCUCCGCUGUAGCGUCCUUCGCGUCCCCCGCCUCCUCUGCCACUGUGGCGCUUCCGCUUCCGCUUGCCGCUUGCCUCUUGUCUAGUACAGUACCUGUAUUAUUGACCAGCUCCAGCCCAGCUCCUGGAGCGUUUGACCGGGAGGAGACGGGACGACCGGCUCAAUGGCAGAGGGCUGUUUGCUGGUUGUCCGAGGCCGGAGUCCCUUCAGGACAGCAGCAGUUGAGAAGGCUUCGACGGAGUGCGUCGGCUCCGUCGGCGGGCGGAGAUUGCCACGUGGGUUUAUCGAUGGCCUUUUAUCCCUGCAGGGAACAGCUUGUGCUCUGUGCUUGCAGGGACAGAACGACACGAGCAUGA